AGCCUCAGCCCCAGCUGCCGCCACCGUCUCUGUGACUUGAGCUUGGGCUUGGACCGGGAUUUGUACUUUCAGCUGGCCGCUUCCCGUCUGCCUCGGAUAUCAGCAGACCCAGUCACCCCCCCAACCGCCUCACCAACAGCGUCGUGUCCAUCCGAUAGGUGCCUGCGCGGACCCGGUGCGUGCGUCGAAUCUUUGUUGCUCUCAUCUCAGGUUUGCAUGCCGCGGCUCCUAUGGCCGCGAAUCAGCCCACCAUGGUUUCCAAGCUUGCAGGCCUCAACAAGGUCCUGAAGAAGGCUUUCAGUCCAGAGGCAAAGUACCCAUAUGUUCCAGUCCAAGGCAACGACGAGCCCGAGACGACGCAAGACCUCAUCGGCGAUAUCAAGGCGCUGGGAUUCAAAGAUCAUCAAACCUUGCUCGCCUUUCUCAAUGCAGCCGUCUCGGGGACCGUCGACGACAAUGAUCUCCUUCUCGAGAGCAUCAUCCAGCUCCUGGCAAAGCUGCCCCCAACGUCGAAGGAGGGCAAGCAGCUCACAGACGGCCUAAUCACGCAGCUAUGGUCUGCCCUCGAUCACCCUCCCACAACUUCCCUCGGGGAGAACUUUCGGUUCCGCGCCCCCGAUGGCUCAGGAAACAACGUCAACCACCCGAUCCUGGGCGCUGCGAACACACCCUACGCCAGGACGGUGCCCGCGAUGACGCUCCAGAGCCCGAACCAGCCUGAUCCGUCCGUCAUUUUCGAUUCGCUCAUGUCACGAGGCGACACGUUUGAGCAGCACCCCCAAGGCAUCUCCAGCAUGUUGUUCUACCUGGCCACCAUUAUCACCCACGAUGUCUUCCAAACUUCGUCGUCGGAUUACAACAUCAAUCUCACCUCAUCGUACUUGGACCUGUCGCCGCUCUAUGGUCGAAAUGAAGGCGAGCAAGCCGCCGUGCGGACUUUCAAAGACGGGCUGCUUAAGCCCGACUGCUUUAGUUCCAAAAGAAUUUUGGGAUUUCCCCCGGGAUGUGGUGUUUUUCUCAUCAUGUUCAACAGAUUUCACAACUACGUGGUGACACAGCUCGCAAAGAUCAAUGAAAACGGGCGCUUCAACAAACCCGACCCUUCUAGGUUGACGGACAGUGAUGCUUUGGCAGCCGCCUGGAAGAAAUAUGACAACGAGCUUUUCCAGACGGGCCGGCUCAUCACGUGUGGCCUCUACGGUAACAUCAUCCUGAAAGACUACGUCCGGACAAUCCUGGCACUCAACCGGACCGAGUCCACAUGGGUCUUGGACCCCCGCAGCAAAUCGGGCAAGAACAUUUUCAGCCAGCCAUCGCCCUCGGGAGUCGGGAAUCAGGUCUCGGCCGAGUUCAACCUCAUCUACCGGUGGCAUUCCACCAUUUCGCAAAAAGACGAGAAGUGGACUAUUGAGCUGUUCAAGCAGCUACUCGACGGUCGGGACCCGAGCCAGGCGAAGCUGGGCGACGUGCUCAAGGCGCUGGCCAGGUUUGAGCACAACCUGCCCGACGACCCGGGACAGCGCGUGUUUGCCAAGCUGUCGCGCCAGGCGGACGGCACCUUUGACGAUGACGCGUUGGUGAAGAUGCUGCAGGAGUCGGUCGACGACGUAGCGGGCUCGUUUGGCGCCAACCGGGUCCCCGACUGCCUCAAGACAAUCGAAGUCUUGGGAAUCAUGCAGGCGCGGUACUGGAAUGUUGCUACUCUCAACGAGUUUCGGUCCUUCAUGGGGCUCACUAAGCACAGGACAUUUGAGGACAUCAACCCUGAUCCUGUCGUUGCCAAGAAGCUCAAGGACCUGUACGACUCGCCGGAUGCCGUCGAGUUCUAUCCAGGCCUGGUUGCUGAAAAGGCCAAGCCCCCCAUGACGCCCGGCAGCGGUCUCUGUGUCAACUACACCACCAGCCGCGCCAUCUUGUCUGAUGCGGUCACUCUGAUCCGCGGCGACAGGUUCUACACGGUUGACUACACACCGAAGAACAUCACGAACUGGGGGUACAACGAAGCGAACUCGGACCUGACAGUCAACCAAGGGUGUGUCAUGCACAAGCUGAUCUUCCGGGCGUUCCCGAACCACUUUGCGCAGAACAGCAUCUACGCGCACUUCCCGUUCGUGGUGUCUGCUGAGAACAAGGCUAUCCACGACGGCCUAGGCACGGCCGACAAGUACUCGUGGGCCAAGCCAGAGCGCAAGCCCGAAGUUGUCGUCAUACGUUCCCAUCGCGCCGCCGCGGCUGUGCUGUCCAACAAGAAGGACUUUUCGAUCGGCUGGACAGAGCCCGUCCUCCACAACUCGCACCCGGCCGGGAACGGUAUUAGCCACAACUUCUCGCUGUGUGGUGAUGGUGACGCCAACGCCACAAACCGUGCCCACACUUGCAAGGCUCUGUACGAGCUGCCCGAGUGGGCGACCGAGAUUAGCGAGUUCUGUGCCACUAAGACGGCCCAACUACUGGCCAAGUACAGCAUCCCGCUGGUAGCGGCCGACGACGGCGGCAAGACUACGGUAGUGCACGAGGUGGACGUGGUGCGCGACGUGGUGGGACUAGCGACGACGCACGUCAUGGCCGCCAUGUUCGCGCUGCCCGUCAAGACCGAAGGCCAUCCGUAUGGCAUCUACACGGAGCAGGAGCUCUUCAGAACGCUAACGGCCAUUUUCUCGAGCAUUUUCUUUGACAUUGACGUGGCGGCGUCGUUCAAGCUGCGCAACACGUCUCAGGCGCUCGUGCAGCAGCUCGGAUCGCUCAUCGCCGUCGGCGCCAAGGCCGGCCGGCUGGGCGACCUCGCGCGCAAGGUGGAGGGCGCCGUCUAUGCCGGCCCCGGCGAGCUCAGCCUGCCCAGCUUCGGCAGCGCGCUUGUGGCCCGCUUCAUCGAGCACGAGGCUGGAUCUGUCGAGGACGCCGUCUGGGGCUCCAUGAUCAUGGUGGUCUGCUCAGGCGUCGCUAACCAGACUCAAAUCCUCAGCCAGUGCUUGGACUAUUACCUCGGCACGGGCGCCGCGCAUCUCCCUGAGUUGCACCGCCUCGCAAACCUGAACACAAAGGAAGCUGAUCAGGCGCUGACCAAAUACAUGCUCGAAGGGUCCCGGCUCCGCGGCGCCGUCGCACUCUUCCGCAACGUCGAGACAGACCAGACCAUCACGGACCACGCCCCAUGCAAGCCCGACCCGCAGGACCCGACACUCCUCGAUCCCGUGCCCAACGAGAACCCCGAGCCUACGACGCUGGCACUAAAAGCCGGCAGCCGCGUGUUUGUCGACCUGACGGCGGCGUCGCACGACGCGGAAGCGUUCCCGGACCCGGAGCAGGUCCGCCUCGACCGGCCGCUCGACUCGUACCUGCACUACGGCACCGGCCCGCACCAGUUUCUGGGCAAGGAGAUGAGCCGCGUCAUGAUGACGGCCGUCUUCAAGGCCGUGGUGGGCCUUCCCGGCCUGCGCAGAGCCGGCGGCCCGCGCGGCGAGCUUAAGAGCUUCCCGGCCACCACGUGGAAUGGCCAGGUCGGCCGCGACGCUGCUGCUAAUACUCCAAAGGAGUGCAAGGGGUGGAGCGGUGUCCGCGCCUACAUGACGGCCGACGAGCGCGCGUACUCGCCCCUACCUACGACCAUGCGCGUGCGGUAUCAGGGGUAGAAACAAGUCACUAUGCAGAGUGUGUGCUUUUGUGUUGUUGUUGUUGUUGUUGUUGU